AUGAAAAUUGUAGCGUCAAUUGAUGCUGGGUUCGCCCCCCACCUGUGCGUGCUAUUGCCUUUGUUGUUGUUAGUGUGCAGCAGUGUGGUGACAGGUUUUCCGGAUGGCGCACCGGCGGAUACGUGUGUCAAGCAACGUGCGAAUCAACCGAACCACGGUCAAGCACGCUCCCAGCCCCCCAAUACCAACCCGUUCGAGGUGGUGGCCACCUCCCAGACCUAUCAUCCGGGCCAGCAAAUCGAGGUGGUCAUCUAUUCGGCCAACGAACAAAAGAGCAGCGUCUUCCGUGGCUUCUUUUUGCAGGCGCGCGAUGCCAAUUCGAAUGAAUGGAUCGGGGAAUGGGUGCAGAGCGAGAACACCAAGACUAUACCAGAGUGCUCGGCCAUAACGCACUCUGAUAAUCGCGAUAAGUUGGGUGCCAAGUUGAUUUGGAAGGCGCCGCAGAAUAAACGCGGCAAUGUCUACUUCACCGGCACUGUGCUACAGGAAUAUGGAACCUUCUGGAGCGACAUUAUUGGCAAGGUGCAGGCGCAGCCAUAGAAGCAAAUGCAUUCACAUUUCCAUUAAGAGUUAAGCAAUGAAAAAGC